CGCGCAGGCGCGCGCCGCCGAGGGCGCCGCUCGCCCGGCCCUCACAUUACGUAACGCACACGCACAGUACGGCGCACAAACAAUGUGAUUUUAUUUUACUUCAUUUUUUUCUACACUUUUAGAUUUUACAAUUUAUUAGGAUUAGUGUCGUGUUAUUAUCUUGUAGUCGCGCGUGUUUUAUUUUCCUCUCUCCUUUUGGUGUUUAGAUUAGAAAUGUCGACGUAUCUCAGUAGCUGUACAGUUAACGAUUCGCGAAUACAACACACGUUCUAGUGAAAAUUGCCGGACAUUUGUGAUUUAUUACAAUGAAUGCACUAAUUAGAUGAGAUCUCCGAACAUAUGUAUUACUUAAAUGGCCGAAAAAUCGAUCUGGAAGAAAAAUUUAAAAAAUCGAUCGAUUUUAGUUUUAGUAUAAAUUAAUAACCUAGCUCUAAGAACUCUAGAAAAAUGUUAAUAACGAGAAGAAUGAAGAAAAAUUGCAGCAAUGACUUGAAAAAAAUAUUAUCGUGAAAAUUAAUGUUAAUUUUCACACAAUUUAGCUUAAGCACAACAAGGGAAUCUUCUCUAUAAAGAUGACGAAUGAAAGAGAUCGUGGCGAGCGCGACUACAUAGGAUUUGCGACUCUACCGGAGCAGGUACAUCGCAAAUCUGUCAAAAGAGGGUUCGACUUCACACUAAUGGUUGUAGGAGAGUCGGGCCUCGGGAAAUCCACACUAAUCAACAGCCUAUUUCUUGGAGACCUUUACAAAAACAGGAAAAUUUCUGAUGUACAAGAUAGAAUAGAAAAAACAACGACCAUUGAAAAGAAGACCAUGGAAAUCGAGGAACGCGGCGUCAAACUACGAUUGACAAUAGUAGAUACACCGGGCUUCGGGGAUGCUAUCAACUGCGAGGAUUCUUGGAGGGUCUGCUCAGCUUACGUGGACGAGCAGUUCCGACAGUACUUCACCGAUGAGAGCGGCUUGAACCGACGACAUAUGCAAGACAACAGGGUUCACUGCUGCCUGUAUUUUGUACCACCUUGGGCCCAUAGUUUACGGCAGGUUGACUUGGAGAUGAUGAGACGGCUGCAUCGGAAGGUGAACAUCGUGGUGGUGAUAGCGAAGGCGGAUUCGCUCACAGCGGCCGAGGUGAAGCGGCUCAAGACACGCAUACUGAACGAUCUGGACGAGUAUCAAAUACAAGUAUACCAAUUUCCCGAAUGCGACAGUGAUGAGGACGAGGAAUUCAAACAGCAAGACCGAGAGCUGAAAGCGGCAGCUCCGUUCGCAGUAGUAGCCUCUGACACAGUUCUAGAGAUUGGCGGGAAACGUGUGCGCGGACGACAGUACCCCUGGGGCAUUGUUGAUGUGGAAAACCCGCGGCACUCUGAUUUCACAAAGCUGCGGACGAUGCUGAUAUCGACGCAUAUGCAAGACCUGAAGGACGUAACGCAAGACGUGCAUUAUGAAAACUUCCGUGCCCAGUGCAUUUCACAAAUAUCACAGCACGCCAUGCGGGAGCGAGGAAAGCUGAAAAGGGAUUCAAUGGGUAACAACACCGACGUAGUUUUCACAGACACCGAUCGCUUAUUACUACAAAAGGAUGAAGAGAUUCGACGUAUGCAAGACAUGUUAACUCAAAUGCAACAAAAACUGAAAGCUUCCGAUAAGAAACACGACAGCAUUAUCGAUGUUUAGAACAUAGACUGCAAAGAUUAGUGUUUAGACUUUAGCGUUUUUGUUUUUAGUUCUUUAAGUAGGGUUCCACUUUUUUAAUCUCGGUUGAAAGUAAAGCAACAGUCUGCUUAGCCGAGAGUAAGAAAACUUAGAGUGGAAACUAAAAAAUAAUAAUUUAAGAUAGGUACUAUUUAAUUGUAGGUUGUUAUAAAAAAAUAGAAAUUUAGACCACAAACAUAUAGGUAUGCAAGUGUACCUAUUCAGAGAUGAUCUAAAAUUUUAAAUCCAACAGUAACGGUUGCGAUAACAUCGUUUACGUUAAAACGGAAAUAGAGAAACUUCCGGUGCGCGUUUAAGCAUCGACUUUUAUUUUUGUUGCGCAUACACGGCACAAGUAAGGCCCUCUUUACUAGUACAUUUACAGAAUAUUUUGUAAUACCUUCUAUUUUGUGACUUAAAAUAAUAUGUUUCAGAAACUCCUGAUUCCUAAUAACCCUUCUUGUAGUCGGGUGAAAAUAUAAUGUAAUGUUAAAAACUAAAAAUAUAUUUCGGAAGAUCACAAGUAGAAAAAUUUAAAACGAACGAAGGCGGGUUUAGAUACUACCUAGGUAUGUAUGUAGGUAGGUAUAUGAGGAAUAUACAGAUGAAUAUCAUAAAGGUAUAGACCCCGGCAAAUAAGUUGGACGAAAAUGGCGGUCAUCUGCUUGGUUGCCCAGCAGGUACCUUCAUUAUUGAUGUCAAAUAAUUGAAAAUUUCGUACACGAUUGUAAUGUCGUCAAGGUGUUGCUUAAUGUGUUUCUGCGCAUAGGCAACUUACAAGCCGCUACCUAUACCUAGGCUGUAAAUGCAUUUAACCAAAGUUCUCAGAGAAGCGUAGAGUUUAGACAACAAGGUCUUAUAUUGAUAUUUUAAUAGACUAAAUAUACCUACUUACAUAAAUAAUACUCGUAUGAUAAUACUUAGACUUCGGUAAAGUCACUCUUGAGUAAUUGCUUCAAGAGAGGUAGAUUUAGCUACAGUAACUAUGAAGUCAUAGUCUGCCACAUUUUAAUGUAGGUGAUUUAAACGAGACACUUGAGUAGGUAAAUAUAAAGUAUAAUUGCACUCAUUUAAUAUUAUAUCGACAAUAUCUGUAAUGCAGAUUUUAGACGAUGAGGCAGAAACCUAUGCGCUGAUGAGUUCCGGAUAUGAUUCAUCGCAAGUUUUGCUUUGAACCAUUAAUAUCUUUUAAUUACAAGUAAUUUCAUAGCAUCACAAAAAAAUAAUAGCAACCGACUUCUACAUAUAUAGUCUGAACCUGUCAUUUUAUGAAAUCUAUAAAUUUAACAGCUCAUGCUUCUACGUUAUGCUUUUUAGGUACUUGGAUAAUUGAGGAACUGUACCCUCGAAACCUGCUAUAACUCAAAGCCACCAUAGUCCAAACAUAAUGCUUACUUAGCUACCUACGUAUGUCCAUAAGGUAGCAGCAUGGGCUGACAAAUUUUCAACUUUCAAUCUAUUAAUUUGCUUAGAAAAUAUAAAUAUACUAACCUACACAAAUUUAACUCCAGUAUGACAUAUAUACGAGUAUUUCGAGAAUAAUCAAACAUUAUUUAACUACCUACAAACUUGGGUAAAAAAAGAAAAAAACAAAGAAAUUAGUAAAAUCUUUACAUAGAAAAAUACAUGAAUUUAAUUGUACCUUAGGUAAUCUAUAAAAUUGAUACAUAAAUACUACUUAGUUCGUAGAUAACUUACAUUUUAUAGUGUUUUUAGAUGAAUAGGUACUAGCAUAGGUACUUAUUUUAACAGCUACUUUACAAUUUUAAAAUUUUAAAAUAUACCAUAUAGGUACGUGAUUGUGUUCUACUACAUUGUAAAUCAAUUGAUAAAAUCAUAUUACCUUACUGCCACCAUAGAGUUACAUUUGUACAGAAAAUAUUUAAAACAUUUAAUUUAAUCUAUACCUACUUAUAAUAAUUUAUAAUAAUUAUUGAUCUGAUAAUUGUAAAUAUGUAUUUUUUUUUAUGAUUUUUAAACUUUCGACGAAUUAAGUAUUUGUCUACAUACACAUUCUUAUAAAUUGUAAUAAUACCAAAGUUUAUAUAGGAAAGUACCUACCUAAUGAAAGUUUUGUAUUAAUAUUAAUACAAUAAAUUGAUACUUUGCGUAUUAGUAAUUAUUUUUUACAAUUUCUAUAUUACUUACAGAAACCUAAGCUAGUUAAGUACCUACUUGCACACGGAAAUAAUUUUUACUGAUACCUACCUACGCCACAAAUCCUAAACAACAAUAAAUAAAGAUAAUAUUUUAUUAGGGCAAUACUAGAAUACAGUACAGUAGUUACUUGUUUUUAUGUAUUCAGGUACAGUAUACGCUUACAAAUCAACAUCUAGGCCCAAAAUAAGGAAAAUUUGUGUUUCCUAAUAAUAAUAAUGUAACUGAUAUUAUAAUUAUUAGGUAAUAUUCAUAAAUAAGAUGUAAUUAAUAAAUAAAAUUGGAGAGCCUGUUUGUAAUUAAAUUAACAGCUUUCACUUAAUGCAUGUGAAAGUAUGUAACCUACCUACGAUAUUUGGUCUAUCUGUCUGUCUGUUUGUAACAGUUACUCUCGGCCCAGCUAUUGCUUUAACCCAGCAGGUUGAGGUAGUAUUAAUAGCACCAAGUUUUGGAUUUCGUUUUCAAUAUGUUAGAAACGAGCGUAGCUACCUAAUUUUAAAGUAUAUUGGACGCUACUAACGAUGAUGAUGAUGAUGGACGUGUGCCAGGAGGCCGGAAAAAGGAUAUCCUACAGCUACUGGUGUGUAUUAAAAUGUUGCGUAGGUAGGUAGUUAAGUAUAUCCCUGAUAAUAAACUAAAAUAAUUUCUUUACUUGGCGUAAAAAUCAAACUUCUUUGUAGGUAUGCGUGUUCUUAAUUAAUGACACUGUAUGGUAUGUGAUAUACCUUGACUUUGAUUUUCUUAACUUAUACUAAUAAAUUACAAUUCUAUAUGGACAUGA